GCACUGCGACUAUGAAAUUUUAACAACUGGGUUGAGGGGGAGGGGAGGGGACGGGCGGUGGCGGGUAGGUGUGCCGCUAAGUGAACUUCAGCGAUAUCAUAUGUUUUGCUAUGUCGUUGUCCGAAUCUUCUUCUUCGGUUGGGUGUCGUUGGUGGCUUUCCUGUGCGGCUGCCGUGUCCUGUCCGGGUCACUUGGGAAUGGACACGUGUCGGCUGGGGGGUUGUCAUCAGGGGCUGCGUUCUCUGACUCGCUCGGCGAAGCAAAUGUCGGGCGUCUCAUGAAGUGSACACGUGUCGGUCCGUCGAGGGCGGGACCAGUCUUGUCGGGUUUGCACCCGCAUCCSGACCUGCCCCUGGCGCGCUCGCCGGUUUUUGUCGCCGGUUCAUGGGCAGUUGUACGAUCACAUGAACCGGUGAUGGCCAAUACAGCAGUGCCACGUGGACAUUGCCAAUCGGACGUCCGCAACCUCGUUGUUUCCCGCAAUCAUCUGUACUACGUCCUCCAUCAAUGGUGCGCCUCUGCAGACGGUGCCAUCACCGAUGACGCUAUGUCCGUCAGAAGCACCUGUCCAUCCGAGACGAACCCUGGUUCGGACCCGACCAGCGGUGACGAAUCCACAGUGAUAAGCUAUUGGUGGCCUUUCAACGAGCCGAACGGGACAAGAGUAGCAGAAGCUAGUAGGAAGUUCACCCGCUCUUCCAUGGCUUACGUAACGGGGGCCGCCAUGUCGAGGAGAGGCUCGCAUCUCGUCCUUGGCGUCAGGAGUGGGGACGGGCGUUCCAUGAUCACAUCUUUGUCUCUUGCUGACGGCUCUCGAUCUUCUGUUCCGCUCAAUUUCUCGGUCGGCUCUUCAACGAUGGACUACACGAGGACGCGUGUCUAUCUCUCGGUCGUCGGAUCUGGCGAUGGCGUGCUCUCCGUCCCGGUGAGCGAGUUCGGGCUGCCUCUGGAGGAGCCUAAGCACGUUGUUGUCUCUCCCUCGAAGCUGAAUGUGAAUGCCACCGGUGUGCAAUUUCCGUAUGAGACUCUGGUUUCCGACAGCAGCAGUAAUUGCCUCUGCCAUCUGAUGAAACUGCCUCAGCGUGCAAGAUUCGGAGCGCGAGUGUUUGCGAUCGAUAAUCACGUGACAUCUUCGCUUAGCACUCUCGUAGCCGACUUGAGCACCGGUCGGGAGCCCGAUGAACAGUCUUUUGUCGCGAAUUUCCCUUUCCCAGCUGCCAUAUUAGCGACAACUGCCGACGGGUGCCGCCUGUUCGCGACCGGACAGAGGGGUACUGUUCUCGGUCUGACGCUGGGCUCAUCGUGUGCGGAGGAGGCGGUAGACAUGGAAAGAGUUCUGGAGUACAAACGGGCAGCCUUCACGGGAUUAGCUCUUCACSAGGACCACGACGAAGUACGCCUGUUCCUUGGCGCCAGCGAUGGCAAUCUUUUUCAAGCACGAAUCGACACGGGUCGCUUGUGGAGUUGCAAGUCGGAAUCUCGAAGGCUCCUGGGAGACCAUCCGACGAUUGAAAACACUCCCACGAAAAUCGCACUCGCUGUUGUGGGCUUUUACGGUGGUGUGUGGUUCCUAUGUUUAGUCGGGAUUUUAAUAAAGGCGUGCUCCGAAUUCAUAUCGCCAACCCAGUCAGAAGUCGACUUGGUCCCACCCGCGGCGAACCACGAUCUGGCCAAUCACCAAGGACCGGUACGUUCUCAACCGACCGGUCGCGGCAACUGGGGACUUGACACGUCGGUACCUUCUCAACCUACCGCUCGCGACAACGGCAAGUGGGGACUUGACACGUCGGUACCUUCUCCACCGACCGCUCAAGACAUCUGGGGUUCUGACAAGUCGGUACCUUCUCAACCGACCGCUCUUGACAACUGGGGACUUUACACGUCGCGCGUGAAGAGCUUUCCCCUGAAAGACCUGACGGAUUGCACUUACGGCUUCAGCGAUGUCUGUCGGGUCGGGGCGGAGGGAGCGUUCGGGAAAGUAUACAGGGGCUCACUCGACGGGGCGGAAGUGGCAAUCAAGGUCAUGAUUGGCGAGCUGACGGACGCCAAGCGGAAGCAAUUCAUUGCAGAAGUGAACACUCUCAGCGGACUGAAUUAUGCCAACCUCAUUUCCCUCGUCGGGUAUUGUGUGGAGGGAGGGCGUUGCGUCUUGGUGUACCCAUUCUUUGGCGGGGGCAACUUGCACGACAGGUUGUUUCCCAAGCCAAGCUCCGAGCCCCGUGCAGACCCCCCCAGCAAGGAGCCUCCGCGUGCCUUCCGCCCUCUAACCCUUCAGGAGCGCAUGAGCAUCAUCUUUCAGGUUGCCAAAGGCCUCUGCUACCUCCACGAUGGGGCCAGUCUGCCCAUCAUCCAUAGGGACAUCCAGAGCAACAACAUUCUUCUGGGUACCGGUUUGGGGGAGAGGCUCCACACCGUUGUGGCCGGCUUUGGUCAAGCUUCUAUAGGAGAGAGAGUGUUAGGGACUUCGCGCCAGCAUGCUGUCCUGACCUCUCAUAUCGGAAGAACCUUUGGGUACAUGUGCCCAGAGUAUAUGCUGAAAGGUGAGCUGUCGGACAAGUACGACGUGUACUCCUUUGGGGUCCUCGCGCUAGAGGUGCUGACGGGUAAAAAGGUCCUUGCACCAGCAGCUUCUGGGGUCGGAUGGCAGACGCUCGUGGAGUGGGUGAAGCCUUUCCUUCAAGGUAAAGAUGAUCAUGGAUCCGUCGUCGGCGACCAGGGUGUCGAGCUGCCCUACGCAAUUCUUGAUCCCCGUUUGAGGGAGCAAGCGAUGGAUCAUCCCAUAAAGCAGAUGGUGAUGGCCACUAUCGGAUUGGCCUGGCAAUGCGUGCAGUACGAUCCUAGAUCGAGGCCAGCCAUGAGGGACAUCGUACAGUGCAUUCACAUGCUGCUCAUGGAGGCAGGAUGGCACCGCUUGACGGCGAUGACAGAUGGGUCGAGGCUUAUCGACUCGUCCCCAACUUCCCCAUGACGAUGGCGAGUUUCGGUGAGUCACGAACCUGGUCUGCCUGUACUGAUGUUACACUCUCCUUCCUUUUUUGUUAACGGUAUAUAUAUAUGCAAUAAAUCGCAGUUUCCGAG